AUGGAUCCAGGCAGCUCGGCCAACGUAAUCAGGUCAAAGGUGGUAAGACAGCUCGGACUGCUCGAUCAGAUCAUACCUACCUCCCGAGUCCUCAACGGCUUCAAAAUGGCCGGCAAAGUGACGAAGGGGGAGAUCACUCUCCCGGUCAACAUGUCCGGUGCAGUCCAGAAUGCCAAAUUCCAUGUCAUUGAAGGUGACAUGAGGUACAAUGCGUUGCUUGGUAGGCCAUGGAUACAUAACAUGAGGGCAGUACCGACAACUCUGCAUCAGAUCAUGAAGUUUCCAACAAAAGACAGUAUAAAGACAGUAUACGGAGAACAACAUGCAGCAAAGGAAAUGUUCGCGGUCCAUGGGGAGGCACCGAAUUCUAUACCCUCCACUUCGGAAGAGCCGGAAGGCAAACAAACCCCCGAGGACGAUGAAGAAGAUUUCCUCGCUCCCCGAACUUUCGUUGCCCCAGAAGAAUCGGAUGCAACAAAGUCAACAAUUGAAGAACUAGAGCAAAUAUGA